AUGUCGUCAUCUUGCCCGCCGGUUCAGAGGAAAGCCCCGCCGGUCGUGCCGCCACAGUACAAGGCCCCACCACCGCCGCUGCCGGAGGCGGAACUUCAGGGGCUGCCACUCGCCGUGGCCAACCUACGCUGCGUCUUGGAAGCAGCUCAUGCCGGUGGGUGGGUGGCCUGGCGCGACCUGGCGGCGGCGAUGACGGUGGAUGACAGGUUGGCGCUGGCGGAGUUCUCAUCGGCGCUCAUGGUGGUGCCGCCUGCCAACAUGCCGAGCGACGCCGCCUUGAAGGAGAAGAUGAAACGCCGGUUGCCGGCUACCGCGGCCACCGCCGGAGAAGUACCCGACACCCUCAAGGACCCGGACGCCGGCAUCUUCUUCUACCACCACGGGGGCGCCGCCGUCGGCUUGGUCGGGUGGAUUAUCCUGGCAGCCGCCGGCAGCACAGCCUACCCACGACGACGGGGU